AUGAUCGCCCAGCCGCGCUCGCCACAGCGUUCGACGACGAUGCCUCUGAUGCUCAUCUUCAUCGGCUCCCUCGUGCUCAUCGCCCCCGUCGUUGCCGUUUCCCAGGCACCGUCCGCCAAACCGGGUGCCGACGAUUUGCCAGCGUGUGCCAGCGUGCCAUUCAUCUGCUACACGGCACAGCAUGCUGGAGACUCGCACUUUACACUCCUCACGAAGCUCAACAACCUGGGCGAGUGCCCGCCCUGCACGAAGUGCGCCCCAGGUGCGGCCCUGACCCUCGACGACGACACGGGACGCCUGAUGAUCGACUGCGACCCGAGGUCGCUGUUCUGCACAGAGGCAAAUCAACCCGACUGCAUCCAGGCCGUUAUGGUCGAACGAUAUAACCAAGGCGGAGAAAAUUGGGUGAUCUUCCCGCACAACCUGUGCACCCGAGCCAUGAUGGCCAACGGACAAUGUGCUGACAAAAAAACGACGUCAGCCAUCCCAUUCGCCCCAUGGAAGCUGGGCACCGGAUACGCCGUGCAAUGCGACGCUGGCUUCACCAUCCCCGAUUUCUUGGGCGCUGCCGCCCGAAGAAAGGACCACAUCCCGUGCAUCCCGAGUCUCCACCAGUACGCCGGGCUCGGCAAGGACGAUGUCAAGAUGUUCGUCAAGGAAGACAUCUAUCCAACGUCGCUCACCGCCGCCGGCCAGUGGAACAGCUACGAGUGGUGCCCCACGGCUGGACCGAUGCCGCCGAAUUGCGCGCCGCGCCCCAUUGCAGGCUCCAACUACUACCUGUCUCCCGACGUCCACGAGGAGGAAAACUACUUGAUCCCCGAGCCGUCAAUCUACCUGCCCAGCUGCCAGUACCGUAGCCACGGUUUUGAUGGGAGCGACGCGUGCUUGCCGCUCGAAAUUUACGUCGCCCCCAAGUUCUACACCGCAUACCGUCUGAGGUCGCCGCCAUACGCCAAGCUGCUGAGCAACGAAGACACGCUCAACUUGAAAUGGCGCGCACCGACUACUACCGGCAACAACGAGAGGACGGUCUGGUACCCAAAGUGCCUGAUCGUCGACAAGGACAAGCUGCUGCCGCAGCACCUGGCCCUGUUCGAGAACAACACCUUCCUCGACUGCAAGAAGAACCCCUUCUAUCUCUGGGGGCCACCGCAGCAGAAGGAUGCGCUCUCCAUCAAGGCGGAAGCGUGCAAGAACGCGGAUGAUGCCAAAGCGCGGUUCUGCAUGGCGGAGGAGAGCGUAGAUCCGAAUUUGGAGCGCAGCAUCCACCAGACGGAACCGACCUCGGCGCCUUCCGGCGGCGACGACGCGCCGAUCGACAUCGUACCGCUCAUCGCCACUGGCCUGCUAUCAAUUCUUCUUGUCGGCGGAGGGCUCGCCGGGAUCGUUGCACUACUCCGAAUGCUCGCCUACGAAAAUGGCCUGGUCAAAGCCAGGAAGGCUGAAGCUGAGGAUCGCACCUCGUGCGGCGUCUUCAAAGCCGGCAAAGCGUUCGGCCGAAACGUUGGCUGGCAAAACGGCUGGGCGGACCCGUUGCACGACCAGCACAAGAAGCGCAUGGCGGAAUACACCAAGGGGCUGCGCGUCAAAAACCGAGAGCUGAUGGCGCUCUCCAAGGGGAAGACCGGCACCGAUGCAGAAGCCGCCGAGGAGGAGAGCAGCCCGGCGCCAUCCGCUGCGCCGACCCCAGCUGCCGAAUCGCCCACCACGCCCUCCACCUCUGCCCCCGCCCCG